AUGUACGCGUUAGGACAAACAAAUAAUGAAGUUGACGCGUUAAGACAAACAAAUAAUGAAGUUGACAACUAUGAAGAAAUUAAUAGCUUUUUUCAAAAGAAUACUUUAGAUAGUAUAAUAAAUUAUAUAUUGCACCAUAGGUUAUUAGAAACCCUUAUCAAAAAUGAAUUGGAGUAUUUAUGGUUAGGAAUCAAUGAUGCUUUAGAAAGAAUAAAAGCUCAGAAUCAUGAAUAUCAUUAUAACAAUAGUGAUGGUAGCAAUAAUAAUAGUUUCACUUUAAAUAAUGAUGGAGGCAAUGAAAUCAAUGUACUUUCAAAUUUAAAUCAUAAAAAUGACUAUAAAACAAUUGAUGAUGGUGCCCUUUUAAAUGAAUGUAUCAACAACAAAAACAAAAACAACAACAUUAUUACAAAUAAUAAAACUAAUAUCAAUAAUAACAAUUAUAAAAUAAAUAAUAAAAAAAAUAAUGAUUUUGUUAAUAAAGAAACCUCAAUUAAAUCCUCUGCAACAUCAAAAAAUAAAAGUGAUAAUAAUGAUAAUAAUAAUAGUAACGAUAAACUUUUUUUUAAAAUUUGGAGAAAUAAAGUUAUUAGAAAAAAAAUUAAAUAUCAUAUGUAUUCAAAUAUGGUUAAAAGAGUUAAAAAUAAUUUAGAGGAGAUUAAAAAAUGUCCAUCAGAGCUCUUAUGUCAAUCUUAUGAUGUAUAUAUUAACCAGCCACUAGGAAAAUUUAUACCAAAAGGUACAGUUACAUUAAAUCUUACUGGUAGUUUCAAUAGUCCCAUUAAAAUAGGAAAUAUUCCAAAAACAGUGAAAGUUUUAAAAUUGGGCCAAAAUUAUACUCAUGAAAUAGAAUUAAACUCAGUUAUACCCUCAAGUGUAAAUGAAUUAAGUCUCUAUCACUUUAUUCAAACUUCACCAAGUAAACAAGAGUUCCCAAAAUUUAUUAAAAAGUUGAAUAUAUUCAGAUUUAAUAGAGAUAUUAUUUCAUCCACUUUCUUUGGGUCAGUUGUAAUUUUAUCUUUACAUUCUUUCAAUUUAAGAAUAAAACCAGGUGAUUUCCCAAAUACUUGUGAGGAGCUUAUUCUUCAUUCAUAUAAUCAACAAUUAGAUAUUGGUUCUCUUCCACCUGGUUUAAAAAAAUUGACACUUGGGUCAUUUAAUCAACCAAUUUAUCAUGGGUCACUUUCUGAAUCAAUUACAUAUUUAAAGAUGUCUAGUUUCAAUCAAGAUUUAGGAAACUCUUUAAUAUCUUUAACAUUACUUGAAACUCUAUCAAUGAUAGAAUUCAAAAAAACUAUUUUAGAGAAUCAGUUACCCAAAUCAAUAAAAAUAUUGGAGGUACACAAACGUAAACAAGUUAAAAACUGGUCAUCUUAA